CAGAGGCAGAAGCGUCAUGCCGGCAGACCUUCCAGGAUCCUCUCUGCGCAGUGGAGGAAAAAAGUGAGAAGAUGUCGGCUCCAGCUGCUGCAGCUGAGGGAAGUCCCACCCCGAGUACGACCCGUCCGGCUGCAGAGGGGAGCGAGGACACCCCGGCGGAUCAGGACAAAAACGAAGCCACGGACAGCUCCUCCACCUGGAGCCCAGAGCAGGACCGGACUCUGCGCAGCAGCGCUUCAUCUCAGCUGCUGUGUUCGUCCUCUCGACCUCCCAUCUGUAAAUGUGGAGACCUGGUCCUCUCUCUGGAGUACCGACCCAGCCUGAGCAAGCUGCUGGUCUCUGUGCUCUCAGCGCGGGACGUUCCUGACAGAGACCGCAGCGGGCUGGACUCCUGGCAGGUGCGCAUGCUCCUGCUGCCCUCGAAGAAGCAGCGCCACAAGACGUCGGUGCAGAAAGGGCCCCGCCCACAAUUCAACGAGACCGUACGCUUUUCACACGUAGAGCCGACCGACCUGCACGCGUCAGCUGUGCGGUUCCGGCUAUAUGCACUAGGGGGCAGGAUGUCCCGCGAGAGGAUGGUGGGGGAGAAAGUGUUUUGUUUAGGGGUACUGGAUCCACAGGGAGGGACCAUGGAGACUACGGUGAUCCUGGAGCCUCGGAGCAACCUGAAGCACGUCGGCUCCCAGCUGAGUCUCUCUGCGACAUCUCAGAGUGACAUUGUUUCAUGCACUCAGUCCCUGACCCACGGUGGCGUCCCCGAGCUGCUGCUGGGCCUCUCUUAUAACGCCACCACCGGACGCAUGUCAGUGGAGCUCAUCAAAGGCAGCCUCUUCAGAAACCUGGCCGUCAGCAGGCCUCCAG